CGGCCCGGCGACGGGGGAGUUCCCGCGAGUGGCCCCGCGCCCAGGCCGCGCGGGGGGCUGUUCGAGCGGAGGCGGGGGGAACCGCCGGGGCACCAAAAUAGGAGCCGCUUGUGGGCUGGCCCUGCACUAGCAGGCGGCCUCCGCCGCGCCGCUUCCAAAGAUGGUCAGAGGGUCGGGAGGCGCCCCCGCCCCCGCUCGCCGCUAGCCUGCGGGCCAGCACCGAGUCCCGGGGCCGCCGCCGGAGCCAUGGCUCUAAAAGGACAAGAAGAUUAUAUUUAUCUUUUCAAGGAUUCAACACAUCCAGUGGAUUUUCUGGAUGCAUUCAGAACAUUUUACUUGGAUGGAUUAUUUACUGAUAUUACCCUUCAGUGUCCUUCAGGCAUAAUCUUCCAUUGUCACCGAGCUGUUUUAGCUGCUUGCAGCAAUUAUUUUAAGGCAAUGUUCACAGCUGACAUGAAAGAAAAAUUUAAAAAUAAAAUAAAACUUUCUGGCAUCCACCAUGAUAUUCUGGAAGGCCUUGUAAAUUAUGCGUACACUUCCCAAAUUGAAAUAACUAAAAGAAAUGUUCAAAGUCUACUUGAGGCAGCAGAUCUGCUACAGUUCCUUUCAGUAAAGAAGGCUUGUGAGCAGUUUUUGGUAAGGCAUCUGGAUAUUGAUAAUUGUAUUGGAAUGCACUCCUUUGCAGAAUUCCAUGUAUGUCCGGAACUAGAGAAGGAAUCUCGAAGAAUUCUAUGUUCCAGGUUCAAGGAAGUAUGGCAGCAAGAAGAAUUUCUAGAAAUCAGCCUUGAAAAGUUUCUCUUUAUCUUGUCCAGAAAGAAUCUCAGUAUAUGGAAAGAAGAAGCUAUCAUAGAGCCAGUUAUUAAGUGGACUGCUCAUGAUGUAGAAAAUCGAAUUGAAUGCCUAUGUAAUCUACUAAGUUAUAUCAACAUAGAUGUAGAUCCAGUGUAUUUAAAAACAGCUUUAGGCCUUCAAAGAAGCUGCUUACUAACCGAAAACAAGAUACGCUCUCUAAUAUACAAUGCUUUGAAUCCCAUGCAUAAAGAAAUAUCCCAGAGGUCCACAGCCACGAUGUAUAUCAUUGGAGGCUAUUAUUGGCAUCCUUUAUCAGAAGUUCAUGUAUGGGACCCUUUGACAAAUGUUUGGAUUCAGGGAGCAGAAAUACCAGAUUAUGCCAGGGAGAGCUACGGUGUUACAUGUUUAGGACCCAAUAUAUAUGUAACGGGGGGCUACAGGACAGAUAACAUAGAAGCUCUUGAUACAGUGUGGAUCUAUAACAGUGAAAGUGAUGAAUGGACAGAAGGUUUGCCAAUGCUCAAUGCCAGGUAUUACCACUGUGCGGUCACCUUGGGUGGCUGUGUCUAUGCUUUAGGUGGUUACAGAAAAGGGGCUCCGGCAGAAGAGGCCGAGUUCUAUGAUCCAUUGAAAGAGAAAUGGAUUCCUAUUGCAAACAUGAUUAAAGGUGUGGGAAAUGCUACUGCCUGUGUCUUACAUGAAGUUAUCUACGUCAUUGGUGGCCACUGUGGCUACAGAGGAAGCUGCACUUAUGACAAGGUCCAAAGCUACAAUUCAGAUAUCAAUGAAUGGAGCCUCAUCACCUCCAGUCCACAUCCAGAAUAUGGAUUGUGCUCAGUUCCAUUUGAAAAUAAGCUCUAUCUAGUCGGUGGACAAACUACAAUCACAGAAUGCUAUGACCCUGAACAAAAUGAAUGGCGAGAAAUAGCUCCCAUGAUGGAGAGGAGGAUGGAGUGCGGUGCUGUCAUCAUGAAUGGAUGUAUUUAUGUCACUGGAGGGUACUCCUACUCAAAGGGAACGUAUCUUCAGAGCAUUGAGAAAUAUGACCCAGAUCUUAAUAAGUGGGAAAUAGUAGGUAAUCUUCCAAGUGCGAUGCGGUCGCAUGGAUGUGUUUGUGUGUAUAAUGUCUGAUUGAAUCUGAGAAAUGACCAAGUAAUCACUAUUUUGGGGUGUAGUUAAAAAAAAAAAAGCACAGGGUGUGGAGUCUCUUACUUGUUAUUGUCUGGCACAUCACAGGAGAUGGGUAAAUUUUAAUUCCUAACCCUAUUCUACUCCUGAGUCCAGUGAUUUAUGGUCAAGAAAAAUCUUAUGUAUACAUACAGUUGAAUCAGUGGGAUUAACUGUUCUAAACCCUGCUUUUCAAAAGUAAUAUGGAAUAUUUGACAGUUGGUAAAAGGUCAAAUGCCUUUGUAGUAAAUCUUUUCCUCCUGGUAGCAUCAACACUGGGUAUAGGUCAAAAUCAUUCUAUGGAAUGAAAUGUCUUUUACGAGUCUGUAAUGUAAUAGUGUAUACUAAGGUUCCAUUUAGCUAGUAGGAAUUUGAAAUUUAAAGAGGGUAUCAUCUCUACCUCUACAACAUCAACACAACAUUUUUUUCACCUUUAGAAUUAUUUAGAAUGUGGACUUAAGUAUAGUUUUUUUUCUUUGUAGUGUGUAUAAUUUAUUGUUAUUCUUUAUUUACUGACUACCAGAGGUAUGCAAAAUAGUAUGCAAAGAUUAUUACUGUUCAAAGAGUUUACAAACUAAAUUUAAAAGGAUGGCAAGUCUGAAAAAUUGUAUAGAAAAUAGUCAAACAUUUGUUGAUGCUAUUUUUAGUUUUCAUCUUUGAUGUAAAUUGCUUGUUUAGAUGUCUUUAAGCAUGUUAGAAAAUCCUCUGUAUUAAGUAUAGAUAAAUGUCUGCCUAUAAAAUUGAAUUUUAGAACCAAAAAGCAUGUACAACAGUUGUGAUAUAGUAGAAAAUUACAUUGACAAGAAAUUUGCCUUCAUUUCCCAGUUCUGCCACUAACUAGAUUUUGUGACUUGAGUCACGCCACUUCUCCAUGAUUAGACAUCCCUGACCCAUGCACACUGGCACUGCAGGUCAUAGAUAUGCCUAGAUACAGAUCCCCAAUCCGCCAAAGGUAGCCUGGGUGGCUGGAGCCUCUAGGCCAGAAACAACUUUGCCCAUUUUCCCCAGUAUGCCUACAUACUACUUUCCAUGUUCAUCAUGACUUGAGAAAAGUUGGGAAGCAUUGCUUAAGUUGACUCAUCUAAACUUUUAGUUAUCUGUGAAACCAUCUAUUCUGCACUUUUUAAAAAAGGAGCCAAUAAUUAUUUUUAACUUUAAAUACUGCAGUUUAAAACUACUAACACUUCUGAUCUUUAAAAAAAAAUUUUAGGAAGAGAUUGUUUAAUGCAUUCAUUUCAGAUGGCAUUUUAAGUAAAUACAACCUUUUGGGAAUGCUGUAUGUAGGUGUACUACAUAGCAAGAGCUCUAAAAAUGGCCCUAUCCUUUGCCCCAUAAAUUCUACUCCUACAUUUUUAACCUAAAGAAUGAUACAAAAAAAAAGGUAAAUGCAUGAAGAUGUUUGUAUCUACAUUAUUUAUAAUAGCAAAAAAUUGGAAAAAGUCUAUAUGUCAGUGAAGAAAGUGGGCUAAUGAAAAUAGUGAGGUAUUAUACUGCCGUUAAAAUAAUUAUUUGGAAGAAUAUGUACAAACAUGGAUGUGUCUGUGAUAUGGUAAGUAAAUAAGCACAAUAGUAUGCCCACUACGAUUGUGACUUCGUAAAAUCUUUGUGCAUGUGGAAGGUAAUAUACAAAACAAAAUCAUUGAUCAGUGUGGGGGGAUACAGAAUGGUUUUUAAUUUAUUUAAAAUUUUUCUUUAAUAUUUGUGUUUUCAAUAAAAAUAAAUAAAUAUACAUGGUAAGACUA